GACCAAGACUGGUGUCGCCGAGCGACAGAGACCGCGCUCUGCCAAAGCAAUCGACAGAGACUUGCAUGAUAUUCCCAUAACAAAGGAUAGCCACCCGCUCGACGAUGUCUCUGCCGUCGAGCCCCGCCGGCGGCACCGGCCAGCCGCUCCAACCAGUAUCGCUCAACGCCCAGCGCGAGUCGUCGCUGUUGUCAGCAGCCCAGCACCACCGCGAGCGCCUCAAUCUUGGCGAUACCGCGCCACACCGCGACAGCUCCGUCCACGAAAAGAUCAACCAGUACAACAGCCUUGCCAUGCAAUCCAAGACCCUGGAGCGCAAGUCCGCCGACGCCGCCCUCAAGCGCGCCAUGCUCGGGCGGGAGGAGGCCGAGGCCGAAAUGCGCCGAUACCGCGAUGAAGCGAGGGCGUUGAGGAAGCAGAUCGAAGAGGGCAAGGAGAGGGAGAGGAAAGUGGGGGAGAGAUUAGAAGCUGUCAUGGAAAACUACGGACGCGCCAAAGAAACGCACGCGCACACGCAACAACUGUGGGAGAAAGAAAUCCGCCGUGCCCGCAAAGAAACCUUCAAAGCACAAAGCGCAUUGGUCAAGCUCCAGGAAGAGGUGAAGUCCUGUCGGACGGCUCAAAAGGCCGCCGAGGAAGAGCUCCAGGCCGAGCGAGAACGGCGCAAGCAGCAUGAACAGGAGGCAUUCAAUGCGCAGUACGGCAUGGUUGGGCUCCAAGAACAGUUGAACCGGGCUCAGGAACGGAUCAAGAUGCUGGAGCAAGAGCUAGAAGCGCUCAAGACGAUGGCAAAGAACGAGGCAGAGGUGAGGCGUCUUGCCUCCGAAGACGCCGGCUCCGAGCGCUACGGAGACGAUUCGGAAGUGCCGAGAAAACGCCAGCGCCUGUCGUCCGCUGCGGACACGUUUAUUGCGGAUCCCGAGAUCGAAACUCUCAUGAUGCUGUGGCAAUGGGAGAAGCAGCGCGCCGACCGGGCGCUCGAGCAGGUGCAGUUCCUCGAGGCGGAAUGCCGGCUGAAGGCCUGCACCGCCGCCAGGUCGCUUCGCCGCAGCAGCUCGAGCCGGUUGUCUAGCCCACGCCGCAAGCGAGCCAGCCUGCCGCAGGUGUCGGAUGCCGGGGACCCGAUGAUCCUUAGUGAGAGCAGCCGGGUCUCGGCGGAAGCCACCAAGCCGACGCCGCCCAGGCGGUCCAAGACGGAUCUGCUGAGGGUCGAGAAGGAGCCGAGACGGAGCACCAUCUUCCUGCCCGCCGAGGGCAUCUUCCGGACGGUGUCGCAGGCCGAAGCCGACGCACUGGCGGCGAAGUCGGCGGCCCCGUCGGCCAUAUCCCCCACCGACUCGGCGCCGAGCCUGCCCAUCACGCCCACCGACAGCGACCCCAUGUACCGCCGCACGCCGUCGGUCGACCCUCCUGACUUUGCCAUGCUCUCCAAGGAGCGCACAUCGCUGCUGUCUCUCCUGAACGCGCCGCACCGUCAGGAUCCCGCACCGAUCUUCAACAUCCCCACCACCCCCGGGCCCGAACCCGGCAUGCUCCAGCCUGAGCCCGAGCCCGAGGAGGAAGAUACCGAGGCGCCACCCACCAUCAAGCCGUCCCACCAGCCCCCCAGGGAACUCAGCAUCCCGUCCCCCGAGCCGGCCGACUCCUCCGCCACGGCACCUUUCACAGACCCGCUCCCGUCCACCGGCACCACCACCACCACCACCACCGCUCCAGCCGCCAUCUCCCGCCCGCACACCACCGCCUCAUACUACCCCACCGCGAAAACCAAAACCACAACAACAAUACAAACAACAACGGUUACAACCACCACGAAGGUCCCGCUCCGCGAGGAACCCCGCGACGGCCCCACCCUGGCCCAGCGCCUGCUCAGGCUGCAGCGCACGCCGUCCCGACAGACCGGUGGUGCUGGCGCUGACGAUGGCGACCGCCCCAGCUUUGACGUGACCAACCCGGCGCUGACGCCCACCAUGACGAGGGAGGAGGCGCUGGCGCAGAUCCGGGAGCGCCGGGGGCGGGCGAGGAGCGUGGGGCGCGUCGCGCCUGCUGGUGCUGGUUCUUCUUCUUCUUCUGCUGCUGCUCAUGGCGGUAGUGGGAGUGGGCGGAGUAGUGGGAGUGGGAGUGGGAGCGGGGUGGGUGCGGAGGGGAGGAGGAAGGUCAGCGGCGGCAGUGAUGGGACUGCUGCUGCCAGCACGACCGCCAGUGGGAAUGGGAAUGGGAGUGCGAGUGGCGUCAGGCGCAAGGUGAGCAGCAGCGAGCUUGGAGGCGGAGGAGCGGGCAGGCGAAGGGAGGAGGGCGCUGCUACUGCUCCCACCGCUGCGUCGAGAGGCAGGGAGAGGGAUCGCAGGGAGGUGAGUGCGCCGACGAGCGGCGCGGCGACCGCCGGCGCGGGCACGGUGCGGGGGAUGGGCGCCAGGCGGGUGCGGUCUUAGGUGCAUGUUGGGAAGGAGGAGGUUCGGUGCGGGUAAUAGUGCUCUUCGAUUGGCGGUUGAGUUUUGUGUGGUGUCGGGGAGGCAGCUGGUGUGUGCUGCUUGCUCCGAGAUGCUUGUUGAAUGGUUCCGGGAUGGGUUAGGUUGUUGUGUUGUGUUUUUUUUCCUAUUCCCCUGUUGGAUGUUUUUGUUCUGUUGCACCCGCCAGCUACUCCCUGCGGGUGGCCUGGCUUCAUUCUGGGUUGCAUUGCUUGGGCGCAUCAUCCAUGCUGCAUUUCCGCACAUGGUGGGGCCGGGGCAUCCAGGGUUUACAGUUUGCACUGGCCAUGGCGUUGUUGGACAGGAAAGGAGUACCUUAGGUCGUUUUGGUGUCUGGAUGGGAUUCGGACUGGCCGGGUUGCUCCAGAUGUUAUUUUCUUCGGUGCUUGAUAUUGUUACUUUAUAAUGCAUAGAGCAGCAGCAAGGGCGGUGGCUCUGUCACUUAAUUAUUAUGCCCAAGGUCUGUGUGCGUAGUAAGUGACGGAAGGGAGGGGAUGGUGGUGAAGGAACAACCGCCAUCUGUAGCCAUCUGUUGAUCAUCUCAUCCGUGCACUGCUGUUGUCGACCUUGUAAGCUCGAUCAUCCCCCUUGCGCUCGUGC